AUGGCGGUCAAGUUGUCUGAAUUUUGCCCAGGAGGCAGUGCGGGUACGAUAGCCUGUCCGGGGGGAACAUUUAGAGCAACAACAGGAGCUGAAGAGGAGAGUGACUGUCAGAACUGCCCAGCAGGAGAGUACAGUACGGGGGGUGCUGCGUCGUGCGACCCCUGUCCCGGCGGCUUCGCAUGCCCGCUCCCCGGGACAGAGUCGCCCGCAGCCUGUGGACAGGGACAGUACGCCAACAACGGGAGCACCGCUUGCCAACCCUGUCCUGUAGGCUACAGGUGUCCCGUAGGGCAGAUGGCAGAACCACUAGAGUGUCAGGAUGGCUACUACACAGCUAACACUGGUCAGACCAGUUGUGCAGAGUGUGAGGGAGGCCGGAGCUGUGCCAACAAGGACUCGUCGGUAGCAUGUGGCCCCGGGACGUCUAGUGCUCAGGGCGAGGCCACAUGCUCACCCUGCCCUGCUGGGUCCUACAGUGGUGCCCAGGCCUCCAGCUGUACCCAGUGUGAUGAGGGCCACUCCUGCUCGGACCCUGCCCAGUCCCCCCAGCCCUGUCCUGCUGGCUAUGUGUCUGCACAGGGACAGGCCAACUGUACCAGAUGUGCCAAUGAUGAGGUCCCAGCGAGCCCGGUCCCGAACUCGUGCCAGCCCUGCCCGGCCGGCCAUGCCUGCAGUGACCCUACGCUGGACCCCGUGGCGUGCGCGGAGGGCGAGUACUCUCUCCUGAGCGACGCUGCGUGUACCCGAUGUCCAGCCGGGUCCGAGUGUCCGUCCACUUCGACUAUCAACACCUGUACUGGAGGCACAUACUCGGGGGAGGGCCAGACGUCCUGUUCACAGUGCCCGGCUGGUCACUCCUGUACCGUGUCAUCAGUCACCCCAUGUGGAGCCGGCUUCUACAGUGCUGCAGGAGAUGUGACCUGUACACAGUGCCCUACUGGUUCCUGCUGCCCGUCUGGUUCCGCGGCUCACACUCCGUGCGACGCCGGCUUCUACUCCGACAGUCCCGGCGCAGACUGCCCGUGCUCGGAGUGCCCGGCUGGCAGCAGGUGCAGUGCAACCGGCGCCACACCGUGUUCAACGGGAUCCUACGCGCUGGCAGGGUCAACCGUCUGCCAGCCCUGCCCCGCCGGUUCCUACUGUCCGUCCACGUCUGCCCUCCCAGUGGCCUGCCAGCCAGGCUACUAUAACACCGAGGCAAACCAGACCAGCUGUACGGAGUGCCCAGCCGGCAGCAAGUGUCCGUCCACCAGCCAGACCCCACAGACUUGCAUACCAGGUCAGUACAGCGAGGCUGGUUCAACAGUUUGCCAUGACUGCCGGCCCGGCUAUGCCUGUCCCGACACGGACACCGCCAGCACGAUUACGCAGUGCUCCCCGGGAACGUACGCGGACGGGUCAGACACGCAGUGUUAUACCUGCCCCGCUGGCAAGUUCUGCCCCAGUACAACUGAGGCGACCCAAAUCGACUGCGCACCCGGGUCCUACUCCACCGGCAACGCCACGGUGUGCACGGUGUGCGAGGCCGGUAAGAUGUGCCCCCGCGCGGACGGGGAGGACAUACGGGACUGCGCGGCGGGAGAGUUUAGCCUGAGCCAGGCCACCGCCUGCACCGCCUGCCCGCCGGGGUUCGCCUGCCCGGACACCGCCUCGGACAUACAGGUCCGGUGUGACGCUGGGACGUACUCGCUCGGCAGUCAGGCAUCAUGCACUGAGUGUCCCGCAGGAUUUGCCUGUCCCUACACUGACCGAAGGACCCAGACUGCCUGUACUCAGGGCUACUACAGUACAGGAAACCAGUCCUACUGUUUCCCAUGUCCAGCUGGCUUUGCUUGUCCUAACACAAAUAGCGACAACACGGUUGAGUGCACCCCCGGCACGUACUCCUACGGGGCCCAGCGGGAGUGUACCGGCUGCACGGCGGGCUCCUACUGCCCCUCCACCACCCAGGGGGAGCGGAGAUGUCCGCUGGGGUACUACUCCGCUGCAGACGCCUUCAACUGCACGCCCUGCGAACCAGGCUACGAGUGCUCCGAUCCUACAGCCCCUGCACUGUGUCCUGCGGGUAAGUACUCGCCCGGAGGAGAGAUUCGCUGCUACCCCUGCCAGCCCGGUUACAUCUGCGAGGAGGGGUCCAGUUCGGCCACCCCUGCUUCAGGACUGUGCGAACACGGUGGCUGGUGUAACGGUGUGACGUUCACGCCCUGCCCCGCGGGAACCUACAACCCCAACAACGGGUCACGCACCCAGCGCGAAGCCUGCCAGACAUGUCCUGCAGGUUUCUUCUGUCCGGGCACCGGCAACUUUGAGUACGAAAACAACGACUGUCCUGCCGGACACUACUGCCCGGCUGGCACGCCGUCUGGCACCCAGUUCCCCUGCCCUGAGGGCUACUACAACACUGAGCUCAACGCCUUGCGAUUGGAUGACUGCGUGCUCUGCCCCUCGGGGAACUACUGCCCGGUAGGUUCUGACACUGAUGGCCUCGAAUGUCCCGCCGGGUUCUACUGCCCGGCUGGUCAAGGGUCACCGUGGGUGAAUGCUUGCCCUCUCGGCACCUGGAGCGACGAGGUCGGACUCAACGUCUCCCACCAGUGUAACGACUGCUCAGCCGGGCACUACUGCCCGUUCGGUACGGAGCUGGUGCCGCGCGUGUCGGAGAUCCCAUGUCCUGCUGGCACGUACAACCCAGACGAGAGGGCUGGUCACGUGCUGAACUGCCGCCAGUGCGACGCGGGGAGGGCGUGUCCCACCGUCGGGCUCGACAAUGCCUCGCACGCCUGUGCACAAGGUUACUACUGUCCGAACGGUACAAUCACCCCAGACCAGUUUCCGUGUCCGCCCGGUACCUUCACCAACAACACGGACCUCACCGCGCCCGAGGAGUGUGAUCUCUGCCCUGAAGGGUUCUACUGUAGUUGGGGCACCGGCAAUGCCACCAAUGGCCCGAAGCCCUGCCAUACCGGACACUACUGUCCCCUCGGCACCCCCACCCCCGACCGCUACCCCUGUCCUCCGGGAACCUUCUCACCUAACAACAACAAUGACAAUGCCGGGAACUGCACCGCCUGCACACCUGGGUACUACUGUUUGGGCGGAGAGGCUACAGAAACAGCCCUGUGCCCCCCCGGGUACUACUGUCCUGAAGGCACGCAAGUCGCCGAACAGUUCGGCUGCCCCAACGGCACCUACAACCCAGACCGCGGUAUCUGGGCAGAGGAACAAUGCCUCAACUGUACACAGGGGCACUUCUGUGAGAAUGGUGUCAUCGCACCUGAACCCUGCCCAGAGAAAACCUACAUGCCAUAUGGAAACAACACCGGCACUGGGUUGGUUGAGGGUGAUCCGGCCACCCGUAAGUCCAGCUGCCUGACCUGCCUAGCUGGUUACUUCUGCGAGGUGGGAACUGUCACUCCCGCGGAGUGUGGACUGGGCAAGUACUCUAAACCUGGCCAGAGCGUGUGCAAGGACUGUGAACCUGGGUACUACUGUGACGAGGCCAACACCACACAGACAGCGAUGCUGAACGAUAAGAAGUGCCCGCCGGGACAGUUCUGUAACGGUUCCCUCUCCGACGUCAGCGAAGCCACAGACUGCACCAUGGGAUACUACUGUCCUGAAGCGACACCAUUCGAGGUGCCGUGUCCCGUCGGUACGUACAACCCGAACCCUGGAGAAGGAUUUGUAACAGCCUGCCUGAACUGCACUGCUGGCAAAUACUGCCUGGAAGGGUCAUUCGAAGUGUCUGGGGAGUGUGAGGGGGGCUACUACUGCCCCACAGCAUUUCCCAACCCGUACGGAUCCAUCCCUGCAACUAUCGGAUCCUACGGAGAGAGACAGGUUCCUUGUCCUGCUGGUACAUACGUGACGACCACGGCUAGCGAGACCGUGGAUGACUGCCUGGCCUGUCCCGAGGCACACUACUGUCCGCUGGGCACCAAGGACCCCAAUGUGUGCGACCGCGGGUACUACUGUCCGGCCAACAUAUCCUCACCUAUUCCCUGCCCUGUGGGCAGAUACGGAAACACCACAGGUUUGGUGCAGCUUGAGGACUGUCCUCUGUGUGACAAAGGGAAGUACUGUGAUGCCCCCGGCCUGCUGAGCCCCCGGGCACCCUGUGACCCCGGGUACGUGUGCUACGGCGGAGCGAACACCUCCAGCCCAACCGACGGGGAAACCGGAGAAGUGUGCCCCGCAGGAGGCUACUGCCCACUGGGUUCGUUUGAGAGCCUGCCCUGUCCUCCCGGGACCUACAGCAAUGCGUCGGGAGCGGUGGACGAUAACGACUGCAGCCGAUGCGACCCGGGCUACUACUGCUCCAACGCCCGCGGCCCCGAGCCCACGGGCUGCUGCGACGCGGGCUGCUUCUGUACCGGGGCCGCCAACGUGUCCUGCCAACACAUCACUCAACCUGGCUUCUACACUCCGCCGUGUUCCUCCCAGCAGCGAAUGUGUGAGCUUGGGACGUACCAACCGUACGAGAGAAGCGGGGGGUGUACGGAGUGUGAAGCCGGCUUCUACUGUCCAGAAAAAGGCAUGACCAACAGAACGGCCUGUCCGUCAGGGUACUACUGUACCAACGGUAGUUAUGUACCGGAGCCCUGUCCUAAGGGGACCUACACCAACCAGACCCACAACACGGACCCCACAGACUGUUUGGACUGCCCCCCUGGUUACUACUGCACAGAGGCCCAUCUCUCCGCUCCAUCAGGGCAGUGCAACGCUGGACACAUCUGCUUCAAAAACGCCCUCUGGCAGGACCCGGUUUACAACAACGACACUUCGGGCGGGAAGGAGGUUGUCCUGUGGGGAGACCUGUGUGCCGCGGGCCACUACUGUCCCCGCGGCGCCACCUUCAUGCACCCGUGUCCCAUCGGCACGUACACCGGCAACCUGGGCUCCCAGAGUGAGGACGACUGCAUACAGUGUGAUGCAGGGAAGUACUGUAAUGCUACCGGAGCCACUCAACCUGCAGGGGACUGCUUCGAAGGGUACUAUUGUACCGGCAAUUCCACCACCCCAGCGCCGUACGGUAACGAUACCGGCGUGGGUGACAUCUGUCCGCGACACCACUACUGCGAAGCAGGGUCCCCGGAGCCGAGGCUAUGCGCGGCGGGAACUUACGCUAACCACACCGGCAUGAGCGCCUGCCUGCUGUGUCCGCCGGGGCUCUGGUGUGUCCCUGGCCAAGACCCGGUCUACUGUCCACAAGGUAGCUACUGUAUCGGCAGCACUGACUCAGUGAAAGAGCAGACCCCGGAGCAGUGUCCGGCUGGAACGUACGGUGCAGAAGAGGGUCUGACGGCGGAGGCAGGCUGCACCAAGUGUCCGCCCGGCUACUGCUGCAUCGAACCUGGACUCACCAUGCCGAUCAACAAGACAAAAGCCGGUUACUACAGCACAGGCGGAGCUUCGAACUGCGGCCCGUUUGUAACAGAGACCGACUCAACCGACACACGGGAGGUCUGUCCUGCCGGCUACUUCUGUCCUGAGGGCAGCGGGGAUCCGUCGCCCUGUCCACCUGGAACUUACAGUACAAACAACCAGCUUCCGUCGGAAGACGACUGCACGCGCUGCCUGGCCGGGUACUUCUGCCCAGAGUAUCACAUGACUGACAAGCCCGACGACCACGGCGACACGUACAAGUGUGCCGCGGGCUACUACUGCGGCCGCGGGUCCAACACCUCCCAGCCGCUCAACGAAACCUUCGGAGACAUAUGUCCUACAGGGCACUACUGUCCACUGGGGUCCUCAGCUGCACAGCCAUGCGAGGCGGGGACGUUUGCAAACGAGACUGGACAGUCUUCCUGUGACCAGUGUCCAGAGGGGUUCUACUGUGAGAGCGGCACGUCCAUACCUGGUUCCUGUCCUGCCGGGUACUACUGCCCAGCCGGCACAGACAGCCAGUUUAAGAACCCGUGUCCACAGGGAAAGUACAACAACCUCACGGAGAGAACAGCCGGCGCAGCCUGCCUGUCCUGUCCUCCAGGGUCCUACUGCCAGACCCCGGGCCUGGCCUGGCCCACAGGCGAGUGUGAUCCGGGCUGGUUCUGUACGAUCGGAGCGAAGUCGGGCCAGCCGGGGACGGUAGCGGAGGGCGGGCGCUGCUCUCCCGGCCAGUUCUGUCCCGGCGGCAGCUCUGUGGCGACCCCCUGCACCCCCGGGAUGUACUGUGAUAACCACGGGCUGGCUGAGCCCACCGGGAACUGUACUGCUGGGUACUACUGUCUGCUGGGGGCCAGUACGGACAUGCCUAGAAAUGACACCACAGGUGACGCCUGCCCCAUGGGUCACUACUGUCCAGAGGGAAGCAGCAGUGGAACCACCUGCCCACCUGGCACCUUCUCCAACGUCACAGGUAACAGGGAGCUGGGAGACUGCUAUGAGUGCACCAUGGGGAGUUACUGUGAAGGGUUUGGGAACGUAGAGCCGAGCGGCCUGUGUGCGGCCGGGUACUACUGCCCGGGGGGGCAGAACACAUCCACACCUCUGGAGUACCAGUGCCCUCAGGGGCAUUACUGUGAGGUGGGCAGUACUGAGCCGGUCCGCUGUGAGUCCGGCUCCUACCAGGACCAGCUGGGCCAGCCUGGCUGUAAGGAGUGUCCGGCUGGGUACUUCUGCGAUAACACCAUGGACCCGGUCGUGCUGUAUAACAACACUCUCUGUCUGGAAGGUUACUUCUGCCCUCCUCGUACUAAGUACGCAAUGGAGCACCCCUGUCCCCGGGGGAGUUUCAGUAACACCACUGGGCUGAGCUCGGAGAGUGACUGCAUCCCCUGCCCAGGAGGGUACUACUGUGAUGAGCUGGCACAGACUUCCUACACCAAGCUGUGUGCUGCAGGGUACUACUGUAGACGAGGUGCUAUCGAGUCCACCCCUAACCAGACGGAGGACGCUAACUCCUGCCCGGCUGGGUUCUACUGUCCGGAGGGGACAGCCGAGCCGCGGAAGUGCGACCUGGGAACCUUCUCUGACAACCCCAACCUGGUCAGCGCCGAGCAGUGUCUCAACUGCACCGAAGGCAUGUACUGUGGAGAGUACAACAUGACAGCACCCAGUGGGGAGUGUUGGGCGGGGUUCUACUGUCCCGAGGGCUCCCCAGACCCAGACUGGAUCGCCUGUCCACACGGGCACUUCUGUACUAACGGCACGCAUACGCCCGAACCAUGCCCUAGGGGUACGUUUUCCAACGAGACCCACCUGAAGUCAGCAGGAGAGUGUUACCAGUGCACGCCCGGCCAGUACUGUGAGACUGAGGGCCUGACAGAGCCAACGGGGUCCUGCGGAGAAGGUUACUACUGCCCUGAGGGAACUGUUCACAGAGAGCCAAAUGACACGUACUGCCCCAUCGGUCACUACUGCCCGGGCGGCGUGUCUUUACCUCUGCCAUGUAGGAACAACAGUCAUGUGAACCACACCCAUGCAGUGAUGUGCUACAGCUGCGAGGCCGGGUACUUCUGCGAGGCGGCAGGGGUACAGACCAUCUGCCCAGCCGGCUACUACUGCCCCCAGGGCACGGGGUCUGACCUGCGCGCCUGUCCCCGUGGUACCUACAGCGACCAGCAGGGUCUGUACGCGCUUGAGCAGUGCAAGCCCUGCGAUGCUGGGAGGUACUGUGACGAGGAACAUCUCAGCUCACCUGCUGGCCUGUGUACAGCCGGUCACUACUGCGUGUACGGCGUGGACAGAACCAAUCCUGACGGGGACAACGUCACGUCCGCAUCCAACAGCUCCGACUGUCCGUACCACGACGGUGCCAUGACGGGUUAUGGUGGGAUCUGUCCCCAAGGCCACUACUGUCCUAACGGCACAGACUACCCCAAUCCCUGCGCCCCGGGUACAUACGCCCCAACAACAGGCAUGGCAGAGUGCCUCACGUGUGAACAAGGUUACUACUGCCCGAACGCCACCGUGGACUAUGCAGACAACCCGUGUCCCUCAGGGCACUACUGCCCCGCCGGCACACAUCAGGGCAAUGACAACCCCUGCAGCCCCGGCACCUUCAACAACAAGACUGGCAGCUACGACCCGGCCGACUGUGUGUCCUGCCCAGGUGGCUCCUACUGUGACACCAGUGGCCUGUCCAACCCCAGUGGACUAUGUGAUGCCGGGUACUACUGCUCAGUAGCCUCCACCACAGCCACCCCCAGUGGGACGGGUGGAGACAAGUGCCAGGCUGGCUACUACUGUCCCCAAGGAGCGUCCUUUCCAAAGGCCUGCGACCCAGGCUACUACUGUGCUGUGGAUGGCCUCAACCAGACGUCUGGGGAAUGUGAUCCAGGUUUCUACUGUACCUCCAUGGCUGUGCUGUCCAAUCCACAAGAUGGCAAUGUCACAGGUGACAUCUGCCCCCAGGGUGCGUACUGCCCCCCUGCCUCCCCCUCCCCCAGACUCUGCCCCCCUGGGUACUUCCUGAACAGCACGAGGAACGACGACCUGUCAGACUGCCAGACCUGCACGGCCGGGAUGUACUGUGGGGAGAACGGGCUGGCCCAGCCCACCGCCCCCUGCGCCCAGGGGUACUACUGCCCCGGGGGUCAGGAGGUGGCCACACCGCACGAGUUCAACUGUACUCUGGGUCAUUACUGCCCGGCCGGGAGUGUACUGCCGAUCCGCUGUCCAUCAGGGCAGUACCAGGACCAGGAGGGGCAGUGGGGGUGUAAGAACUGCCCUCCUGGGUACUACUGCGAUAAUGUGAAGGAACCGGUGGUGCUGUACAACAGCUCAGCUUGUCCAGAAGGCUACUACUGUCCUAAUGGCACUCGUUACGCUAACGAGUUCCCCUGUCCGCGGGGGACGUUUGGUAACCUGACACACCGGGAGAGAGUCAACGACUGCCAGCCCUGCAGCGGCGGACACUACUGCGAGACCGAGGGCCUCACCCAACCCACUGGGCCCUGCAGUCCCGGAUACUUCUGCAAGGUGGCGUCCAACUCCUCCACCCCAGGGUUUGGCGCAGAUGCUGACGAGUGCCCAGUGGGGCACUACUGCCCGGAGGGGACGGCAUCCCCCUUAGCGUGUCCGCCCGGCACGUAUAACCCGAGCAUGCAGAGGACAGACAUUACAGACUGUCUGAACUGCACAGCUGAGCGCUACUGUCCCUCGUGGGGCAUGGACCAGCCUGGGCCCGAGUGUGAACCUGGUUUCUACUGUGAGGCUGGAGCCGACGUUGCGACCUUUGCCCGUUGCACCGCGGGUCACUACUGUCCACAGGGCAGUUCCCACCCGACCCCGUGUGCCGCGGGCUCCUGGUCCAACACCCCUGGGCUCAGCCAUCAGGACAACUGCACGCAAUGUCCAGGUGGAUUCUACUGUCCGGAGACAGGGAUGACUGAAGUGACUCAGCAGUGCUGGGGAGGGUACUACUGCCCAGGGGGGGACGCUGUUCCCAACCCCCCCUCCACCAUCUGUCCCGGGGGGGUGCACUGUCCCAACGGCAGCCAGACUUACCUGUCCUGCCCAAGCGGCACCUUCGCUAACUACUCAGGUGCUGCUGAGUGUGACCCCUGCCCUGCUGGGUACUACUGCCUGCCUGUUCAGCCUGAGAACGCCACCAUGGCCGCCACCCUCUGUCCACAGGGGUACUUCUGCCCUCAAGGUACCGGAUUGGACUGGCAGUCUUGCCCCUCCGGAACCUACAGCGACCAGAGAGGACUGUGGGAUACCAGCCAGUGCACGGCUUGUGAUGGAGGGACGUACUGCGACGACCUUCACCUGACACGACCUGCCGGAAACUGCUCAGCUGGUUACUACUGCAGAUCAGGUGUGAACCGACCUGACCCCAGCACCCCAAACACCUGUAGCCAGGUGAGGAACUCCACAGACAACUCGACCGGCUGCCUGUGUCCGGACCAGACCUAUCACACAGGAGAUGGUGGCCAGUGCCCGCUGGGUCACUACUGUCCCGAGGGCACCACAGCCCCCCUCCCCUGCCCAGCCGGCACCUACAGUAGUGUGCAGGGCCUGGAGGAGUGUAAGGUCUGUCCUGAGGGGUUCUACUGUCUGGACAACAGCACACAGUUCCUAGACACACCCUGUCCUGCUGGUUACUACUGCCCGAAUGGCACAAGCCAUCCAUACGAGUUCCCCUGCCCUCCUGGCACCUACAACCCUGCUAACUACAGCAGCUCUAACUCAUCCUGCCUGGCCUGUUCUGCUGGGAUGUAUUGUGAUGUGGAGGGGAUGGAGGCACCGCGAGGGAACUGCAGCGACGGGUACUACUGCGCCGGGGGGAGCCACACGCCAACCCCCCACCCCACUUCUGCCAUCGGGGGACGCUGCAGGGAGGGGUACUACUGUCCUGCUGGUACUGACCAUGAGCUGGAGUGUCCAGGCGGUCAGUUCUGUGACGUGGCCGGUCUGUCGGAGCCUGUGGGACCGUGUGCAGCCGGCUUCUUCUGCCAGCUGAAGUCCACUACUGCCACACCUCUGGACGGGUCCAUGGGAGACGAAUGUCCAGCCGGUUACUACUGUGAGGAGGGUUCAGCCUACCCCUCCCCCUGUUCCCCUGGUACCUACAGCUCCAGUAAGAGGAACACCAACGUUACCGACUGCAGGCCUUGUAGCUUUGGGGAGUACUGUGGAGACUACAACAUGACAACCACCUCAGGCAACUGCAGCGCCGGUUUCUACUGCCCGAGAGGGGAGGACGUCCCCGACAGGCUGCAAUGCCCUGUGGGAUACUUCUGCCCCGAGGGUUCCCAUCAGCCAACCAUCUGCCCCAGCGGAUGGUAUCAGGAUCAGCUCGGCCAAUCAGAUUGCACCAUCUGCCCCGGCGGAUACUACUGCGACAACAGCUUUGGUGUGGUUGUUGUGAACGGCAGUGUGGAGUGUCCAGCCGGGUACUUCUGUCCGCCCGGCACGCAGCGGUACAACCAGUGGCCGUGCCCGCGCGGGACCUACGGGAACUCCACCGGAUUCAACUCAUCCGCAGACUGUAGCCCAUGCACAGGCGGAUUCUACUGUGGCGAUGUCGGCCUCACAUCCCCGUCUGGUCCCUGCUCUGCCGGCUACUUCUGCAAACAGUAUGCCGAAACUCGCACUCCAAACCAGACAACCGACGCAAAUAUCUGCCCACAGGGCUCGUACUGUGAGGAGGGUACAGCAGAGCCUGUGGACUGCCCUGCGGGAACGUUUGGAGGUACAGAAGGGCUGAUGAACGUGAGCUCCUGCACCGCCUGCCUGGCCGGGUCCUACUGCGAGACUCCCGGACUCACCGAGGUGGAAGGCCCCUGCUCCCCUGGUUACUACUGUGAGGAGGGAGCAUCCACCCGGACUGACAUCAUCUGCCCUGCUGGUCACUUCUGCCCCCAGGGGUCGCCAACGCCCUCCCGCUGUCCUCAGGCGACCUUUAACCCCUACACAGGCCUGAACAGCUCCUCCCAGUGCACACAAUGUACCGAGGGCAGCUACUGUGGGACUGAAGGUCUGACAGAGCCCAGUGGAGCCUGCGAGCCGGGCUACUACUGCCCCGGCGGCCAGAACAGCUCACGUCCUGCAGAGUUUGCCUGCUGGGUGGGCCACUACUGCCCGCUCAACUCGUCUGAGCCUCUGCCUUGUGACAACGGCACACACACCAACCACACACACGCGGACGAGUGCUACACAUGUCCUCAGGGAUGGUACUGCCUGAAUGGGCAGGUGGUGGGGACCUGCCCGGCGGGGUACUACUGUCCGGAGGGAACCGCCUUCGACUGGCGGCCGUGCCCGAGGGGAACAUACAGCAACGACACAGGACUGUGGGAGGAGCCGCAGUGCCAGGCCUGCGCUGGCGGACACUACUGCAGCAGUCUGCAGGCUACCGCAGUCACGGACCAGUGUGACGCAGGUUACUACUGUGAGUACGGGGUGGACAGACCGAGGCCAGAUGGAGACUACAACGCCACUCUCAUCAACGGCACAUGUCAGCUGCUAGGUGGCAUGACAGGAGUGGGCGGCAUCUGUCCUGUGGGGCACUACUGCCCGCGAGGAACCACCCACCCCAAACCCUGCGGAUCCGGUUCCCAUAGCAACACAACGGGACUGGCUACCUGCAUCAACUGUCCAGCAGGACACUACUGUCUGCAGGGCUCAGACCAGUACGAGGACAAGCCCUGUCCCCCAGGCCACUACUGUCCCGAGGGGACGGCCACAGCGACAGAGAAUCCGUGUCCUGCCGGCUCCUACUAUAACCUGACCAUGGCGCGGUCUGUGGGUGACUGCCUGCCCUGCCCAGGCGGGUCCUACUGCGCAACCCCGGGCCUGGACUAUCCCACCGGCCUCUGUCAGGAGGGCUGGUACUGUUCCGGUAACUCCACAUCUGCCACCCCCGCUACAAAUGGAGGGGAGUGUCAGCCGGGGUACUUCUGUCCAGAGGGGUCCUCCUCCCCGCAGCUCUGCAGCCCUGGCAUGUACUGUCAGACAACAGGGCUCCCUCUACCCACCGGAAACUGUACUGCAGGUAAGUACUGUCAGACAACAGGGCUCCCUCUACCCACUGGAAACUGCACUGCAGGCUACUACUGUACCCUGGGAGCUCGGUUCCCCAACCCUGUGGACAACUCCACGGGCGACCUCUGUCCUAAAGGUCACUACUGCCCCAUGGGCAGUGCCGCCCCCCUCCCCUGCCCCACCGGAACCUUCCUCGACUCCACACAGAACGAUGCGGAGGCAGACUGCCUGGCCUGUCCCCUGGGGGAGCACUGCCCCGGGGUGGGGAGGCCGCUAUCCGCAGGAGCCUGCAACCCAGGCUACUACUGCCCCGGUGGCCAGAACGUCUCACAACCUGCUGACUACGGCUGUCCUGUUGGUCACUACUGCGAGUCGGGAGCGCACACCCCCGUGAGGUGUGAGAAUGGAACGUACCAAGACGAGGAGCUGCAGAGCUCCUGCAAGGCCUGCCCAUCAGGCUACUUCUGCGACAACACGGUGACCUAUGUGGUCUUGGACAACACCACUACCACCUGCCCCAUGGGGUACUACUGCCCGGAGGGGACCAGAUAUGCAAACGAGUUCCCCUGUCCAAAUGGAACCUUCAACAACAGAACUGGUUUGAGACAGUCCAGCCAGUGCAGCCGGUGCCUGGGCGGUCACUACUGCCCCAUGCCAGGCCUGGUCAGUCCGUUUGACCAGUGCGACGCCAGCUACUUCUGCCAGGAGGGAGCUGAAACCUCCACACCAAACCAAGGUGCUGAUGCCGACAUCUGUCCCGAAGGAUUCUUCUGUCCCCAAGGAACGUCCAACCCCUCAGCCUGCCCAAAGGGAACGUACAGUAACACCACGGGGCUGAGGGAGGAAGGGGACUGUACAUUAUGUCCUGCAGGGGAGUACUGCGGAGAGGUGGCCAUGACUGACACCAGUGGGCUGUGUGACGCAGGGUACUUCUGUGAGCUGGGAUCCUCCCAUGCCAGGAACAUCUCCUGUCCCUCGGGCCACUACUGUCCCCAGGGGUCGGGCAGCCCCACCCCCUGCCCCAGGGGAACCUACAGCAUUGCCACAAACAACCAGAACGUCUCGCAGUGCGACCCGUGUGAUCCUGGCAAGUUCUGCAACCAGACUGGCCUGUCCAGCCCUUCAGGCGACUGUGACCCUGGGUUCUACUGCCCAGGGGGAGACGACGUCCCCACCCCUGGGGGAACUCCCUGCCCCAUCGGCCUGCACUGUCCCCAGGGGAGCCCAGCCCCCGUCCCCUGUGAGCCGGGAACGUUCACUAACCUGACCCAGACCUGGGAGUGCCUGACGUGUCCGGCCGGGUACUACUGUGUACCGGAGGAGGUUAUAGAAGGUAACUCCACCUCUGGCUACAGACUGUGUCCGCGAGGUUACUACUGUCCGGAGGGAACCGGUCGGAACUGGACCGACUGUCCGCCUGGAACCUUCAGCAACCAGCUUGGUCUGGCAGAGGAGGCACAGUGCACAGACUGUCCAGGUGGUUGGUACUGUAGUGGCUGGCACCAGACCUCCCCCACUGCCGAGUGUGCUCCUGGGUACUUCUGCACAUCCAGAGUGGACAGACCGACUCCCAUGCCUUACAGUUGUGGUUUAUACUGUAGUGGCUGGCACCAGACCUCCCCCACUGCCGAGUGUGCUGCUGGGUACUUCUGCACAUCUCGAGUAGACAGGCCGACACCCAUGCCGUACACCAGCUCCAACUCCACCACUGACAACUGCACUUUCCUGGGUGAGCACACAGGUGUAGGCGGGAUCUGCCCACCUGGCCACUACUGCCCCACCGGUACCGCCCUACCCCUGGGUUGCGAGGCAGGGACGUACCAGGACCUGUACACCCAGGCCGACUGCAAGCCCUGCCCCCAGGGGUACUACUGUCAGGCUAACGUCAGCACCUACGCCGAAACACCCUGUCCACCCGGGUACUACUGUCCACAGAACACAACCUACGACAAGGAAUGGCCCUGUCCGGCUGGGACAUUCAACAACCUCACAGGUAUGCCUGACGACUCUGCCUGUGUCAGCUGCACCCCAGGGUCCUACUGCCAGGGGCUGGGGAACCCCCACCCCACAGACGUGUGUCCCGAGGGAUGGUUCUGCAGCGGAGGUGCCAUCGAACCCGAACCGUCCGACCCGGCAACAGGAGGGCAGUGUCAACCAGGUGAAUACUGCCCCCUGGGGUCCAGCCUCCCCACCCCCUGCACUGCGGGGUGGUACUGUGACGUGGCGGGACUACCCACGCCCGCGGGGCUGUGCCAUGCUGGCCACUACUGCACCAACGGCUCCACCACACCUACACCCAGCGGAGUCGGAGGAGCCGAGUGCAGCCCGGGGCACUUCUGUGUAGAGGGCAGCAGCAGGGAGCAGGCCUGUCCUCCAGGGUCCUUCCUGCCAUCCACAGGAGCCCAGAACAGCUCGUACUGCCAGGACUGCACGGCAGGGUCCUACUGUAACUCCAGCGGACUGGCUACUCCCUCAGGGGACUGUACUCAAGGUUACUACUGCCCAGGUGGCCAGACCAUCCCCACCCCCAACGCCUUCCCCUGCCCGGUGGGGCACUACUGUCAGCAGGGGGUGGGGGCGCCCGAGGCCUGUCCCCCGGGGUCGUACCAGGACCUCACCAGGCAGAGCGACUGUAAGGAGUGUCCUCCCAGUUUCUACUGCGACACUUCGGAUGGUCCCGUGGUCAACUACACAGCAUAUGUCUGUCCACAAGGUUACUACUGCCCCAACGGUACAGAGAUCGCCACAGCCUUCCCCUGUCCUGAGGGGACGUUCAGCAACGUAACAGGGCUGUCCGAGGAAGCCCAGUGCAGUGCCUGUCUGGGAGGGUUCUACUGCGGAGAGAGGGGCCUGACAGCUCCAAACACACCCUGUGCACCAGGGUACUUCUGCAAACAGGGAGCGACGGAGGCAGCGCCUGACCAGGGUGCCGACGCCAAUGUGUGUCCCGCGGGGUCCUACUGUCCCGAGGGCACCGCGGAGCCGGCCGCUUGUCCCAGGGGAACGUUCUCCAACAGCACAGGACUGUGGAACCACACCAGCUGCCUGCCUUGCACAGGAGGCUAUUACUGUGGAACAGAGGGUCUGACUGAGGAAAGUGGUCUGUGCCUACCAGGCUUCUACUGUCCCAACGGCUCAAGCUCUGAAACCGAGAUCGUCUGCCCUGCCGGCAGCUACUGCCCCUCCGGAACACACCUGCCCUACCCCUGCCCAAGUGGCACCUUCUCAAACAACACCAGGCUGACCCAUAGGGCGGAAUGUACCAACUGCACAGCGGGGUGGUACUGCCAGCAGGCUGGGCUGACUGAGGAAGAGGACCUCUGUCAGGAAGGCUACUAUUGUCCUGAAGGAUCAUCAGUGCCCAACCCAGUGGAGUGUCCCAUCGGGCUGCACUGUCCCCAGGGUUCCCCCACCCCCCAGGCCUGCCCCUCAGGACACUUCACCAACACUACAGGGCAGCAUCUGUGUGAGAUAUGUCCACCAGGGUACUACUGCCUGCCAGAGAAUGUGACCUCGGGUGACCCCCAGUCCGGGUACCAUGCCUGUCCUGCAGGGUACUACUGUCCGGAGGGAACCGGUCUGGACUGGAAACCCUGCCCGGCCGGGACUUUCAGCAACCAGCAUAAACUCUACAGGCUUGACCAGUGUCAGGACUGUAGCGGAGGUUACUACUGCAGCGAACCCGCAGCCACCAACGUGACGGGGCCGUGUGCCGCGGGCUACUGGUGUGCCGCGGGCGUCGACAGGCCGAACCCUCACACACCUGGCAACAACGAGACCUACAACGACACCUGUCCUCUACUGGGGGGAUUCACAGGAGUUGGAGGUGUGUGUCCGAUUGGUUACCACUGUCCAGUUGGCACCGAGUAUCCGCUUGGCUGCGAGGCUGGAACGUACCAAGACGAAGCGGGGGAGAGCAGCUGCAAAAUGUGUCCCCCCGGGUACUACUGUCCCACUAACUCCUCCACAUUUGCGGGGAACCCCUGUCCCUCCGGAUACUACUGCCCGGAAGGCACAGGCAGGGAGGACGAGUUCGCCUGCCCCAGCGGCACGUUUAACCCGGUAACAAGGCAGACUAACCUCACGGCCUGCCUCAGCUGCAGUCCCGGCCAAUACUGCCAGGUGGCAGGCCUGUCCAGUACCACGGGCAACUGCAGUGAGGGUUACUACUGCAGCGGUGGUUCGGCCCACUUCAUGCCGACAGACCCAGCUGUGGGAGGGCAGUGCCAGCGAGGCGACUACUGUCCCGUCGGCUCCGAGGCUCCGACCUCGUGCGACCCCGGCUGGUACUGCCCCAACGUGGGGCUGGCAGCUCCUACUGCUCAGUGCCAGCAAGGUUACUACUGCAUGCUGGGAGCCUGGCUAAGCAACCCCAGAGAUAACACAACAGGAGACAUCUGUCCCACCGGCCACUACUGCCCCACUGGCAGCUCAGCCGGGACACCCUGUAGCCAGGGUUACUAUCUCAACACAACCGGCAACAGCCAGCCCACCAGCUGUGUCAGCUGCACACCAGGUCAGUACUGUGGAGGAGAGGGCUUGGCUGAACCAUCCGGAGACUGCACUCAGGGGUACUACUGUCCUACAGGCCAGGUCACGCCUACACCUGGCAACUUCACCUGUCCUCAGGGACACUACUGUCCGCAGGGGAGCAGCACACCUCAGCCAUGCCCUUCAGGUUCCUACCAGGACACGGCAGGGAAAUGGACGUGUGAUGACUGCCCUGCUGGGUUUUUCUGUAAUUGUAAUUCCUUAACACUGUUGUUUUCCCCAGGUUCCUACCAGGACACUGCAGGGAAAUGGACGUGUGAAGACUGCCCUGCUGGGUUCUUCUGUAACGCCACCUUCGGUCCUGUGGUCUGGUACAACAGCUACACCUGCCCCAUGGGGUACUACUGUCCCAACGGGACCAGGUACGCUGAGGAGUUCCCCUGUCCACCUGGGACUUUCAACAACCUCACAGGAAUCCAGUCGGAGGCAGACUGUACGCCAUGCGUCGGACGUUACGCCUGUGAUGAGUCCGGUCUGGCCUCCCCGCCCAGGUUCUGUGCUGCCGGAUACUUCUGCAGGGAGGGGGCCAACACUACAACUCCAACUCUGGGCCCCAAUGCUGACAUCUGCCCUGCUGGGUCCUACUGUCCUGAGGGAACAGACGAGCCGAUCUCCUGUCCAGAGGGAACCUUCAGCCCAAUUGCUGGGCUACAGACUGUGGGGGAAUGUCUCAACUGUACAGCAGGCAGCUUCUGCAACCAAACAGGCCUGACUGCUGUGAGUGGGCUUUGUCUGCCCCGAUAUUACUGUGUGGAAGGGUCCACUCGCCCUGACCAGCAAAUCUGCCCGGAGGGACACUACUGCGGAGAGGGCACCUUCGAUCCCUCCCCCUGUCCUAAUGGUACAUUCUCUAACUCCACUGGGCUGGAUGGUGAGUCGGACUGUACCCACUGCACCCCGGGGAGGUACUGUGAGGGACUGGGACUCACCGAGCCAACUGAUCUGUGCCAAGCAGGUUACUACUGCCCGCGCGGGUCCAGCCAGCCCAACCCUGUCAUCUGUCCCCCGGGUAAACACUGUCCUGAGGGAAGCGCCGAGCCGCAGGACUGUCCUGCUGGGUUCUACGUCGACACGGAAGGAGCCGCUGAGUGCACACCUUGUCCUGCAGGUUCCUACUGUAUCCCUGAGAACGUUGUGGAAGGGGAUGCUUCGACGUCAUACUUCCCCUGCCCCAAGGGUCACUUCUGUCCCAACGGCACCGGCCACAACUGGCAGCCCUGCCCUGCUGGGAGCUUCAGCAACGAUACAGGACUAAGGGAAGCAGUGGAGUGCACACCGUGUUCACCAGGCAUGUACUGCCAGGGUACAGCUCUAACUGAGCCCACGGCACAGUGCUGGGAGCGGUACUACUGUGUGUCUGGAGUGGACCGGCCCAACCCUCUCAUGCUGAAUGACUCCCAAUGUCCGGCUGACACCGUCCACCCGAUCAUCGGUCACAUCUGCCCCGCCGGACACUACUGCCCCACCGGAUCCAUCUUCCCACAAGGCUGUGAUGCCGGUACUUACAACGAUCUGACCGGUCAGUUUGAGUGCCAGCCUUGUCCAGUUGGUCACUUCUGCUACGCCAACACCACCGACUACACGCCCAACAACUGCCCAGCUGGUCACUACUGCCCGCCCGGCACCACAGACCCGCAUGAGUUUGCCUGUCCAAAUGGGACUUUCAACAACCACACCGGCCAGGAUGACCUACAGGACUGUGAACCCUGCAGCCCGGGGAUGUACUGUGAGGGGUCGGGCAACACCCACCCUACAGGACCGUGUGACGAGGGAUGGUACUGCACAGAAGGGUCACUGGACAAACAGCCCACAGCUAACGGUGGUCAGUGCCAGCCGGGCGAGUUCUGCCCCGAAGGCUCGUCUGCCCCACAGAACUGCACGGCUGGGUUUUACUGUGACGUCCCGGGUCUGCCUGCUACAGCUGGGUCGUGCCAGGCUGGGUCGUACUGUCCCACUGGGUCUUCUGCACCCACCCAGGUUGAAUGUCCUGCAGGUUACUACUGCCCCAGUGAGAGCGGGUUCCCCCUGCCCUGUGGGAACGGCACCUACAGCCCCACCCGAGGUCUGACGGAGGAGUCCCUGUGUCGCCCCUGCACUCCUGGGCAGUUCUGUAACGGCACGGCUCUCACUGCACCUUCUGGACAGUGCUACCCAGGUUACUACUGUCCGGAGGGCCAGAGCGUCCCCACGGCGUACGUGUGCCCCCGAGGUCACGAGUGUGCGGAGGGGACCGGUCCAGAACCCAAGCGCUGCGACAGCGGCUACUACCAGAACCUGCAGACCCAGGCUACCUGCAAGCCCUGCCCUGCCGGUUAUUUCUGUGACAACACGGCGCAGGCCGUUACUGACCUGUCCGGCUCCUCCUGUCCCGAGGGACACUACUGUCCCAACCGGACCGAGCGGGCCAACCAGUACCCCUGUCCCAUCGGCUCUUACAACAACCAGACAAACCGGGAGAGCCAGGACAGCUGCCUGCCGUGUCCACCCAAAUACUACUGCUCAGUACCCGGUCUGGCUACACCUGGGGAGGGGCAGUGCUACGCUGGGUACUACUGCAAUGGCAGUGUGAUCACCCCCACCCCCUCAGAAACCAUCUGCCCCAGGGGUAACUACUGCCCCCAGGGGUCCUACCAGCCCACCCCCUGCCCCUCAGGCAGCAUCUCCACCGGGGUGGGGAACCAGAAUGUCUCUGACUGUGACCCUUGCGACCCUGGGCAGUACUGCACCCCAGAGUCGUCACUAACAGGCCAGAGCAGGGACUGCGACCCAGGCUACAUCUGUGUCUUGGGUUCCUCGGUCCCCAACCCCACGGACGGGGUCAUGGGUCACAUCUGUCCCGUAGGACACUUCUGUCCCGCUGCAGCAGUGAUGGAGCAGCCGUGCGACAAGGGCACCUACCAGCCGUACCAGGGGCAGGGGAACUGUACGGAGUGCCCCCGGGGGACCACCUGUCCGCACAGGGGUAUGAAUGACACCCUGCCCUGCCCUGCAGGUUACUACUGCCACCCAGGCACAGGCGACAAUGGGAACCCGUGCCCCAUUGGCUACUACAGUAACUACAGAGGCCUGAGUGAAGAGUCUGGCUGCCUGCGAUGCCCACCUGGGUACUACUGUAACGAGACGGGACAGGAGUACCCCACCGGCCACUGCAGCGCCGGGUACCUCUGUCUGAACGGUUCCCGGUCAGCCACGCCUAGCGACGGGGUCAACGAACCCUGUCAGAAGGGAUACUACUGUCCCAAAGGAGCCAUCGCAGCCAUCGCCUGCCCAGCCGGUACCAUGAACCCCGACGCCCACGGGCGGAAUGUGUCAGACUGCCGACCCUGUUCCCCAGGGUACUACUGCGGAACCACGGGUCUGUUCGAGCCGACCGGGCCGUGUGACGAGAACUUCUACUGCCCAGACUUUGCAGAGAUCGACAACCCUCAGCCGGCCGCCUUUGCUUGCCCUGCUGGGUCCUUCUGUCCCAACACCACAGCCUGGCCACAUGGGUGCCUUCCAGGCACCUACCAGACUUCAACGGGCAGCAAUGACUGCGACCCUUGCCCCGCGGGGUCCUUCUGUAUCGGCAACUCGACAACCCCCGAGCCCUGCCUGGCGUACUCCUACUGCCCUGCAGGUUCAGACUACCCCACGCUCUGUCCAAACGGCACACACACGCUGCCCGGGGUGACCGGGCAGGAGCGGCCUGAACAGUGCCAGCAGUGCCCUACAGGUAAAUACUGCCUGGGUGGACGUGAGGCUGGAGACUGUACUGCAGGUUACCUGUGCUACAGUGGCAGUGACACGCCCACACCAGAUGGCUCUGAUCCCACCAUGGGCCAGCCUUGUCCCUAUGGCUACUACUGUCUGGAAGGUGCAUUGGAUGUGUCCCGCUGCCCCCCUGGCCUGGUAGUGGACAGAGAGGGUGCCGCCUCGGAUGCAGAAUGUUCCACUUGUCCUGCGGGUAAGAUCUGCACUGCUAACGACACGGUCCCCCAGGACUGCACCCCCGGGUACUACUGUCCGUACGACCACCCCAAAACCGCCUGCCCCAACGCCACCUACUCCGCAGAGCCUGGCGCCACCAACAUGAGCACCUGCCUGCCCUGUCCUGCCGGCUACUGGUGCAAGUAUCAAGCCACCACCAACUACACAGCCUUCCCCUGCCCCAUUGGCUACUUCUGUGUGGAAGGAACCAUUGAGCCAGAGGAGUGUCCAGUGGGGACAUACAGGGACACUGUGGGAGCAGGAGGUCUGUUUGAUUGCCACCCCUGCCCAGCUGGUUUCUACUGUCCGGACGGGGGAACCACCUUCACCGGGAUCCUGUGUGAUGAAGGAACCUACUGCCCUGAGGGCUCCAUGAACCAGACGCUCUGUCAGGCCGGGUUCUACUGUAACCACUCCAUGACCCAGCUGCCCUGUCCGCCUGGCUACCACUGCCCCGCAGGAUCCUCCUAUCCACUGGAGUGUCCGGAGGGCCACUACUGCCCGGGUACAGACUGCAACAACACCGAGGCUGGCACCAUCGUGCCCCUGAAGUGCCCAUUGGGCUACCACGACUGUGACUGCACCCCGCGAGACACCUUUGAGAACGUGUGUCAGAUCUGUCGAGCAGGUACGUACAGCAGCGACCCGACCCAGCCGGCCUGUCUCACCUGCCGGGCAGGUGUGGUGUGUCUGGAGGGAGCGACGUCCGACCAGCCGGCCAGUAACGACUCUGCGACCUUCGGAGUCAACUCCACCAACUCCUACCCCUGUCCUCCAGGUUACUACUGUGAGGCGGGCGUGUCCCUCCCUGCAGCCUGUCCCCCCGGUACCUACCAGCCGGUGGAGUUUGCCGAGGGGCCGGCAGACUGUCUGGAGUGCGCCGUGGACCACUUCAACCACCUGCAGGCACAGACCGCCUGUUUCCACUGCGGCGGGGAGGCCAGUCAGCCGGGUACCGGCGCGGUCGGGUGUGUCUGCACCGGAUCGGGCAGGGACUUCCAGCCGAGUGACCGUACCUGCCCGUGUGCUGCGGGUUUCCGGGUCAUGUCGGGUCGCGAGCAGGACUGCGUGGAGCACGUGUUCGACAUCUGUGGGGAGAACCAGCACCGGAACCAGGAGGGGUACUGUUUGGAUGAGGGGCAGUGGAUCACCUACUGCAGCACUGAGGUGUGUACCUCGGAGGCAGCAUACCUGGGCUAUGAUGGCCUGCUGGGGAUCUGCCUGUGCCGUGUGGAUGAUCUGGAGGAGAUCUGUGAUCUGGAGUGCCGGCUGCUGCAGAAGACCAGAAUCCAGCUGGUCUGCGACCCUCUGGACGACGAACCCACGCUGAGGGUCAACUACCCCAACGGGACUGCUAAGACUGAGUACGCCUACAAUGAGCUGACUAAGGUCAUCAACAGCAGAAUCGCGCUGAAGAAGGAAAGCUGCAAGUACAAGGACGGGACUCCGGAGUCGGUGUAUCUGGUGCAGAUGUCAGGCGAUGGUUUCCUGGGCGUGUACAACCCCAGCUCCGCAGAGGUCGAUGACCUCGUGACGGAGAACGUGAAGACGUCAGCAGGCACGGCGAGAACCCUCCCGCUGUCAGGCGGGGCCCGGAGGAGGCUGCUCGCGCUCUCCACCAUCAACGGCUCGUACUACGAGGGCAUCGCCAACCCAACCGUCUGUCUGCUCUGGAACGAGCUCAUGUUCUUCGAGGUGUCCAAUGACCACUUCCCAGUAUAUGAUAGAGACAACCUGUACAACACAAACGAGCAGUUUGACUACGGAGGUUUCCGGCAGCUUGCAGAGCUGCAGAGCCAGGUACAGACCGCCACCACGCUCUUCGCCUACCGUUUCGCCGACCCAGGAGUCUACGUCUUCUACCUCAGCACCAACGUCAACAAGAAGAUGUACGUGCGAGUGAUGGCAGAUGGCGCUCAGUGCUCGGAGGACGGACCGUUCUUCCCCACCACGCCGCGGGCGCUGAUCCAAAGUGGCAUCGCGCUGGACGGAGACCUGCUGCUGUCGCCUGAUUGGCUGCUGAUCGGCAUCCUGUUCGGCGCCACCCUCCUGCUCAUGGUCCUCCUCGUGGUCGCCUUGCUUCUGUUCCGUCGUUACGGCUGGGCGAAGACGUCGUUCAUCAACCCGUACUACCGCUUCCUGUCGCAGAAGUACAACAUGGACGACUACUCCUCCAAGGGCUCCACCGUCCACCCCGUCAAGAAGUUCCACAGGAACCUGGGCGCUCCCGAGGAGGAGGAGGAACCUGUGGAGACGAGAGCUAUUGAGCUGAAGAGUGAAGAAUUCUGGGACUACGAGAAGCAAGUUGACCUUGAAGCCUUCACUUCCAAGGACUUCUACAACGAGCUGGCCAAGCAGUCUCGAGGGGUGACCGCCAUCCUGGGUAGACAGAAGGAGGAGGUGAAGUCCCUAUACCAGAAGGUAGCAGGUGAGGCGGAGUCGCUGAAGGGCCUGUGGGUGGCGAAGCUGCACCUGCGGAGCCGCAGUGCCCUGGCCACACAGGAGGACCUGGCCGACUAUGAGAGGAAGAAGGAGGAGUUGGAGAUAGAGCUGGAGCGGCGUAAGGAGCUGGGAGCCAGGUUUGAGGCCGUGCUGCAGAGGCAACAGGAGCUGCUGGAGGCAGACGAGAUCGCCAGGGAGGACCACCAGGUUGCCUAUAGUGCACCCAUGAGGGAAGCCAUGAGGAGCCUGCACGACCUUGUGGAGAAGGUCACAGAGGGCAAGGUCAACCCGACCUUGGAUGACAAGGAGCUGAGAAGCAUUUCAGCCCGAGUGGGAGCCCUGCUGGGCAGGAUGUCCCAUGAGAUCACCACAGAAAGCCAGCGUGUGGGAGCGUGGGGGGUGUUGGGGCAGGGCACCGGGGCACAACUGGUGGAUCCUGGCACCAACCAGCCACUCAGCCGAGAGGCACUUGUCGCUCCAGAUGGUACAGUCCGUGCCAUGGAGCUGAUCCACCAGGACCCGAUCUCCGGGCUCGUGGUGCCGAACUCCGACGCCCGCAUGCUGCUGCAUGAUGGGAAGGUCGCGCCGGUUGUGCCGGACAUGUUCGUGCACCCCCAGACCGGACGAGUGCUGCCGAUCAUGGGGAACGUGGCGUACGACCCGAUUUCCUCACGGCUCGUCUUCACUGCAGACUCCGCUACAGGCGAGGCUUCAAGAACGGAGGAGCCGCUGAUCCCGUACGUGCCGUACCCGCACGAUCCACAAACCGGCGCGCCCACACGGACCAAACUCACCACCCUGCAGCGCAAGAGCGACCUUCGACUCAACGCACCCAUGCCUGACCCCAACAGUGGUCUGCAUGUUCCCAUUGCUGCGGUGACCAUCCACCCCCAGACUGGAGUGGUAUAUCCCCUGGCAGGCUCCCACACAGACCCAGUCACGGGCCUGCCCAUUGCUAUAGAGGUGGGGUCCGUCAUGAUAGACCCUAACUCCGACCUGCCCGUGCCCAUACUGGGGGUGGGGCUCGACGCUGAAACUGGUGAUGUUGUCCCGCUGGGUGGCACGACUGCCACGUUCGGCGGGCGGGGCCCUCGCUCACCCAUCAUCCCCGGAGACACCUUCUCAGAGCCGCUCAGCGGAAAACCAGCCCAUGUGCAUGGCGGUGUGCUGGAGGGUUGUGAUGUGCUGCCCAGUGGAGGAGGUUACCAGGCUCUGCUGGAUGCCUGUGUUCUCGCCUGCGAGGCCCGAGUACUGGCUGCACUGCAGGAGUACAAGGACGCCGUCACAGGCCCUGAGGCAGUGCAGGCCGGCCCGGCGCUGAACUGUCACCACGAGCAGAGUGUGCUGGAGACAGCGCUAGGUGAGCUGGGGAAGGCACGGCAGCGCUGCAAGGCACAGCUCCUCCGCACCGGGCACAACCUCACACGCAGGGAGGAGAGGGCUGCUAUCCUGGCCGCUACUGGAGGCUCCGCAGGAAUGAUGGAGUUUGCAGCGACAGGUCAGCUGCUGCCGAUCCUGGUUGGCACGACGAUGACCGACCCGGCGGGGUCAGGCCUGCAGGUUCCCGUCCUCGGCAUCGACAGGGACAAGAAAACCAGCAACGUUGUUCCGCUGGGGGGAACCAUGGAGGACCCAGAGGGAGAAGGCCUGGUUCCGAUCAUGCUGGGCCGGCCGACAGUGGACCUGGUGACAGGAGAGCUGAGUCCGAUCAGCGGCGUGCGCAUCAGUCCUGACACGGGGACUGUCACACCUGUCACACUGUCAUCGGGAGGACACAAGAAGAGGAAACCGCCUCUCGGAGCUGUCGCCAUGGUGGAGGACGAGCUGGUUGCUAGGCGGAGCUACUGGCGUCGCCAGCGGCAACGUGAGGAGGAGGCGACCAAUCAGGAGGCGUUGCUGGUGUUCCAGCUGAUGUAUGACAUGGAAAACAUCACGGCACAGAAGAUUGAGGACUGUCUGGACACCAUGGCAGAGAAUGUGCACAAACUGUUGGAUGCGGCUAAGAGAGAGGUCCAGAGGAGGACGGAUGCUGAGGAGGAGUUCACAGCUGUCCUGCCGCCAGAUGUGGUCUCCAUCCUCACCCAGGUGAACCAGGCGGAGCGGGAGCGGGAGGAGAGACAUCAGGAGGCGCAUCGGAAGUUCGCCGAGACGAUCCGGAAAUUCUUCCAGAAGCUGCAGAUGGAAGAGAACAAGUACAAAGACAGGAUGCAGGAACUCGAGGGAGCCAUGAACCCAGAUGCAGAAGCUACAGUGCUGCAGCGUUACCGGCAGGCCAAGUCGCGACUACAGGCAGAGCUACAGGACCAGAUCCUGAGCCGGUCGGAGAAUCUGGACGAGGAACACUCUGCCCUGGAGUACGUCAGGGAGAAGGCAGAGCUGCUCGGACUGGAGGCCAAGAAUGUCCUGACAGGAGCAGUGGUUGUUGCCGGGGACUAUGAUGCCACCAUCUCGGGCGUGUACGGCGACGACCUGACCUCCCCCGCCUCCAGUCGUGAGCUCAUCCCGCUCCUCAAGCAGCUCAUAGCCAUGCUGGAGGCCGGCGGACAGUUCCAACUCUCCGUGGAGGGGGCGCAGCUCUUCUCCGGAGGGACAGGAGCGGCGGCUACACAGACGGCGGCAACAGUGCACCGAGGACUCGCACCACUACAGUUUGCCGGUCCAUCCAUCUCUAUUGGGGAAGUGGAGACCGUGCAGGGCCUGACCUCCGUGGUGCCAAGCCAGGGAACAGCAGGGGUGGUGCAGACACAGCUGCUGUCCCACGCUGUCCCCGGGACAGCAGGAACAGCAGGCAUGGCCACGACUGUCACACAGCAGAAACAGCAGCCGGAGAUGUCUGAGGAGGAGCUCAAGGAAAAGUCCAGGAGCCUCCUGGAGCGGUUCACGCGGGAGGCGGUGCAGCUGGAGGACGAGCUGCGUGCCGAGGAGAUCGCUGCCAUCAACCAGGUGAUCCAGGAGGUGGAGAGGGAGAAGGAGAAGGCCAUCCAGCAGGUGCAGGCCGAGCUCAAGGAGAAGCUGCGCAGGUGUACUACUGAUGAGGAGCGGGAGAAGGCCAUGCUGGAAUCUGCACAAAAGAUCCAGAAGAUCAACGAGAAGUUUGAGAGUGAGAAGCAGAAACGUCUGAAGAAGGUCCGUAAGGAGCUGAGGGAGGAGCGAGUCCGCAGGAAGAGAGCUCUGCUGCAGAGGCAGAGGGCAGAAGCGCUGGAAGCAGGAGUGGAUGUGGAUGAGACGGUACCAGCGAUCAGUCUACCCUCGGAUGAUGAGUUGGACCAGGACCUGAUGCUGCUGGCUAAGCAACAGGAGCAGCUCAUCGCUGAGCUGAACAAGGCCUUUGCUGAGGAGCUCGCACGGGAACAGGAGGAGAUAAACAGCGGUCGUAAGGCGCAGCUGGAUGCUGAGAUGGAGGCUCGGAUCCGGGCCCUGAACAGGCAGAUGGGCAGGAGUGAUGCAGAGACUGACAAGCUGCUGGAGGACAUGAAGAAGCAGUCAGCAGCCCAGCGAGGUCAGAGGUCGAACAUGAAGGACCGGAUGCGUCAGCGUCAGCGCCAGCGGCGCACACGGAGCCGCGCCGACGGGCCGGAGAUUCCUGAGGGAGUGGAGCAGGGCUCGGAGGAGGAGAAGCUCAUCUUAGAAGCUUUCCAGGCCCAGCAAGAUGCGGAUGACCUGAAGGAGGAGGAGGCUCUCAUGGCGGUUAUCGAUGAACUGGACGCUGAGGACCAGCGUAGAACCCACAUGGAGACCCUCGAUGACAUGCUAUCCAGUUCAGAACUAACAGAAGAGGAGAAAGCGCAGGCUGUCGCCCACUACAUGCAGCAGGCAGGGCUGGUGGAGCGACGGUUCCAGGACUCCCUCGACGAACAGAGAGACAAACUGCAGGCUAAGCUGGCGGCCAGGAAACGGCACAGAGAGGAACUCGCCAAGGAGGCAGCUGUUGCUAGUGAACUGGACACAAUUAGCAAGGCUCAGGAUCCCCUCAAGGAAGCGGACAAGGCGGCGCGAGGCCUAGCAGAGGCGUCGGAUGCGAUUGACCAGAUCCGAGAGAAGACGGACUCUGACGCGGCGGCCGGGCAAGCCGUGGAGAACCUGCACCAGCAGCAGGUUGCUGAGCAGGCCGCCCUGGAGACUCGGCAGCGGCAGGAGGACCGGGAGGCCGGCAGGAGGCUGGACCAGGAGCUGGAGAACAGCAGUGUCGCCGUGGAGACACAGAUGGAGGAGCAGAAGAAACUGCUCCUGGACCAACAGAAGGCCCAGUUUGAGCGUGGCCUGUGCCGUGUGUUUGCUUGUUUGUUUGUUUACAUGUUUACUCUCCUGGACCAACAGAAAGCUCAGUUUGAGCGAGACCUGGUGCUGAAGAAGAAGGAACAGAACCUGACAGAGGACCAGGUGAAACAGAUGCUAGCUGCUCACCAGCAGGAGAUGGAGAAAAUGGCAGACAACAUGGACAAGGAGAAAGAGCGUCAGAAGAACACGCUAGCUAAGAAGCUGGAGGAGAGAAAACGUCAGAAGGCUGCACAGCUGGCCGAGAAGCACCAGGCUGAGAUGGCGCAGGUUCUGAUGCAGCAGCAACAGGAUAGGGAGAACCUCGCAACUCAGCAGAUCCUGGACCAUGAGAAGUCGACCUUGGCGGAUUCCAUCCAAGGUCAGGACGGUAAGAAGGCGGAGAACAUCAUCUACCGCGUCUUGAAGCAGCGGCACCUGAAGGAGACAGUCCGUCUGGACGAGCAGCAGAGACGAGAAGCGGAGGCAGCAAAGGCGGCGGCGCGAGCACAGGCAGCCGAGCGCAGGCAGCAGGACAGGGACAGGCUGGUGUCCCAACAGGAACAGGAACUGCUUGAGCUGGUGACCAAUGCCGGCUCGCUGACAGCCCCAGAACUGGCCAAGAGGAAGGCUGAACUACAGCACGCACACAAGAAACAGCUGGCUGAGUUUGAGAAGCGUACGGCUGCCCUGCUGGCGGAGGCUGAGAGGGACGUUCUGCCAUCGCUGCAGAUCGACCACGCACACGCGCGCCUGGAGCUGAGGGAGAAACAGCUGAAGGAGCUAGCCGACGCCAUGAAGAACCUCUCACCCGAACAGGCUGCCCUUAUCGAGCAGUACGCCCAGGACGCGGAGAAGGCGGCUGAGGCGGCUCGAGACUUCCGGGAGACGAAGAUGAAGGAACUGAACCUGCAGAUGGAGAGGAUCAAGGAGGAGAGGAGACGGAAGGAGGAGGAGAGGAAGAAGAAACUCAGGGACCAAGUCAGUGCCCUUGAGCAGGAGAUAGAGGAGGAGAGAAGGAGGGAUGAGAAGAGAGAGCAGGAGAGGCUGGCCGACCGGGAGAAGAGAGCGAAGGCACAGCUGGAGGAACGAGAGAAGCAGAAAAGGAAGGAACUGGAGCAGAUGAACGUUACCGAGGACGAGAAGGAGAAACUUCUCCGUGAGCACGAGGAAAACAUGCUGAAGCUGAAUGAAGCCAUGCAGAAGGACCAAGAGAGGAGCAAGGCCGCACUCAAGGCUAAACUGGAGGCUCGUCGUGAGAAGAAGCGGAAGGCUCAGCUGGCCAUGAUCGAGGAGGAGGGGAAGAAGGAGGAGUAUGAGGAGGAGAGGAGAGCCAACGAGCAGCUGAACAGGAUCAGUGUGGAAGGUGCCAAGGAGUUCGAGAGGACCAACAACCAGAUGCUGCGACCUUCAACGCCGAACGCCCUUGACCAGGAGGGUCAGGGGUCGGGUAUCCCAUCAGGCCCUGUGUUGCCCCCGGGUGACCUGAAGCUGCCAUUCCCGGCGGGUUCGCCCCAAGAGCAGGACUUCAUGGACCUGCUGGUGAAAUCUCCGCUUUUCCAACACAUCACGGAGAUCAAGGACAUGCUCAAGAACACUCUGCCAGGUGGUAAUGUCAUCGGUGCGAAGACAGACCGUCCGUACCUGGACAUCAAGGACGCGCAGUGGCUGUGCUCGGGUGACCUGAUGGCCGUUGACCUUAACGACCUCACGCCCAGCCACUUCGUCGUGUACCGUUUCGGCGUGUUCAUCACCCAGCUGCUGGCCCGCCAUCUGGGGUCGCCCGAGGUCACCCUGCUGCUGGCCUCCAACCUGCCGCCCAACGACUACCACAGGAACGCCUUCCGACACUCCUUCCUGUACCAACACGCCAGGAGGAUACUCUUCAUUAGGAAGGAACGUAUGGAGUCCGUGGGUGAGUUCGUCGUUGUUCUUCUCCACUGUCUGGCCCACAUCAAGGUCAACGACCUGGCCGACGACAACAACCCUUACUUCCUGCGGGAGUUCUACAAGGCCAUGAAGCUGUGCUGCCAGGACAUGUUCUUCUCCCGUUCGCGCUCCACCAACACCAGCUCGGCUCUGAUUGGUGGGUGGCUGGCCAAUGGCAGGACAGCGCUGGAGGCGGCGUUCCGACACAGCGCGACCUCGGAGAAACGAGGCCACGUCGUUAGUGAACUCAUCAACACCAAGGUCACCGCGCCGGUCGAGGCAGAGUUCUCCUCACAGCAUGUAUCUGAGAGGAUGGCAAACUACCAGGACUUCAGCGGGAACUCGCAGCUACGCGGCGCGCUGACCGGCCAGAACCGGUCAGGACCAGCUACUGACGUGAUGGCUGCUAAGCUGAGACAACUUCGCGGCAAGAAGGAGCCUCAAGAAGCUCAGGACAGGCCCACCAAACCGUCUGCCGCACCCGCAGCCCUCCGCAGCCACCGGGACCUGCUGAGGUCACAGGUGAACGACCUGCAGGGCAAGCUGGACCACCUGACAGAAGAGCUGACCCAGGUGGUCAAGUCUGAGCAGGAACUCAGCACAGGCAUCGACAGGGCCAUGGCUGGCGCGUCGCCCCCCUCCCACCUGGAGCAGUCGCAGCAGCAGCUGGCCACGCUGCAGCUCCGCAGGGAGAACCUCACCCGCCGCAUCGCGCACAUCGAAGCGGAGGUCGGCAAGAAACAGGACGCCAUGAGCGCCAAGUAAACCCCUGUUACCAUGGAAACUGCAAAGUUAACAUAACGGAAAUUCAUCAUUCGUAGGGAUGGGAAGAUGACAACGAUGAGACGGAAUUCGACUUUAUUCAGUCUUUUUCAAGAAUGACAAAGAUGGGACCACUCCUCCUUUUAUACUUUUUACCAUCCCUCUCUUAGCAGGGCGCUCUGCUUGAGUUUAAGAUAUUAAGAUAACGGAAAAUCAUCAUCAUCAGAAAUAAAAACGUUACCAUGGCAACUGCAAAGUUAACAUAAGAUAAUGGAAACUCAUCAUCAGUCAUCUCACCCGCCGCAUUGUGCACCUUUAGGCAGAGGUCAGCAAGAAACAGGACGCCAUGGUCGCUAUAUAAACCUCAGUUUCCAUGGAAACCGCAUCCUUGUUUGUCCCUCGUGGUAACCACAUAAUUGACAUACGAUAACAGAAACUCCAUCAUCAUCAUUGGUCGGCUGCUACUCAACGGAAACUACAAAACGACAAUGUGCCAUGGUACUAUAAAGAACAUUGAUCCAAAAUAGCUAGCUGCCAAUUUUGCUUCAACUUUACAACCCCCUGCUACAAGAAAUCAUGUUCAGCAACUUUCAGCCUUCAAGCUCAACAUUAAAGGCUGCUUUUACUAAGCAAUAAGCUAUGCAGUAUCAGUUUUACAGUAUUUUACACUUUUAUAAGCCAAGUUAGCCAACUCCAGAAUACUGUGUUGGCAUGCAUGGAUAUAAUGUUGAAGCCAGAGAUGUAAUACUAUGCAGUACAACCUUCCCGCCAAUGUUGCACACUGAAGUGUAUCAAAAGGAUUUUGUGUCAAUUUUACUUUUACUUUGUAGCGUUUAGAUUUGUGUCAAUUUUUUUACACUUUGUGAUGUUCUUACUAUUUUUUGCCUUUUAACACAGAAAUAAAAUUUUUAUUUCACAAUAGAUAUUUAGGAUAUAGUAUUGUAGAUAAUUCAUAAUGACUGUACAUAAUUUGGAAAAUAGAAAAUUAUACUGUAAAAUUUCUGGCCCAAGUACUAGUAAAUUGUAAAGGUUGAAGGAACAUCGAUGCUGUAGAAACCUGGGCAUGCAUUUCUCAGCAUCGGACUGUUCCAUGUGCAGUAAAGGGGUGGAAUCAAAGGGCCAACUAUUUUUCUAUUCCUCAAAAUUUAUCUAAAAUUUUCAGAUGGAAGCAAUGAAUGUAAAUUUUAAGGUGCAAUUUUAUGAAUGUACACAGUCAUAUUUGUAUAAAAGAUCCCUGCAAUAGCUAGAUAUAAGAUCAUUGCAAUGAAAUUAUGGUGUGAAGUCCUAGGAAUGUAUAUACUUUUGCACAGCUACUUUGCACUUUUUUAUUCUUGCACUUCAGAAUUAGGAGACACUGUGCACUUUUGCACUGGACUAUUUGAAUAAAGGCUAUCAUUUUAUUA